UGCCUGAUCGAUUGGUAUCGUGCAGAACAAGCAAAAACAGGGGGCCCGUAACGCAGCUGAGCUGCUAUUUCGUUCCGGUUUAAUAUUACAAAGGCUUCGUAUAACAACCAAAAUGGAUCAAAAUGUACGAUUUCAUCCGCUCAUUAGCUCGAUACAGAAGGUGGCUUUAUUCGAGACAAAGGCGAAACUCUACCUUAUCGGGAGCAACAGUAAGGAGACGCGGUUUCGCGUGCUAGAAAUUGAUAGGCGUGCUCCGGACCUUACGAUCUACGAAAAUCCAAACGAGCUCGAGAAGGGUGACAUCCGCAAGUUUGUACAAUCGCGCUCCUUCAUCCGGUCGAUCAGUGCGUACGGCGUGCUGGGGUUUGUAAAGUUUCUCGAAGGCUACUACCUGAUUCUGGUCACCAAGCGCACACGAUGCACGUUCAUUGGCAAGCACAUCAUCUACACCAUCAAGGAUACGGCCAUGAUACGGGUGAACGAAUCGUCGAGCAAACAGAUGCACCCGCUGGAGCAGCGCUACGUCAAGAUGUUCAACAAUGUGGAUUUGAACAGUAAUUUCUACUUCAGCUACAGCUAUGACCUCACGCACAGCUUGCAGUACAAUCUGGCUGCGCCGAAGUUCGUGGGGACGCGGUGCGACAUUGUGCAGGAUGAACCGCUCGUGUGGCAGAACCGAACCGGCGAAAAGAUUACGUACGCGUUCCGUGGUGUAUCGCGGGAACGGUUCGUCUGGAAUGCGUUUCAUCUGAAGCCGCUGCAGGACGUUGUGCAUAAGGAUUGGAUGUUGGAAAUCAUACACGGCUUCAUCAGCCAAUCGAGCAUCAGCAUAUUUGGCCGACAGGUGUACGUUUGUCUCAUAGCACGACGUAGCACCCGGUACGCCGGAACACGAUUCCUUAAACGUGGCGCAAACUUUCACGGUGACGUGGCGAAUGAGGUAGAAACGGAGCAGAUCGUACUGGACGGCAAUCGGAUGUGCAGCUUCACACAGUUGCGAGGCUCGGUUCCCUCGCACUGGUCACAGGACGUUAGCAAAAUGGUGCCGAAACCGCAGAUUGCUAUCGACCUGUCCGAUCCGUACGGCGAAACGGCGGGCAAACACUACCAGCGGCUGAUGUUCCAUUACGGCGCACCCGUGAUUAUUCUGAACCUGGUUAAAACGAGAGAAAAGCGUCGCCACGAAAGCCUGCUCAGUGAGGAAAUGUAUUCAACGGUCAGCUAUCUGAACCAGUUUCUUCCACCGCACCUUCGCAUACGCUACAUAGACUUCGACAUGGCACGCAAAAGCCGCGGCACGGGUAACGUGAUGGAAAAGUUGGCAAAGAUCGCGGAAACAGUGAUCCAGCAGACGGGCAUGUUUUACUCGGACGACGAACGCAACCAAAGGCAGACCGGCAUUGUGCGCGUAAACUGUGUCGAUUGUCUGGAUCGUACCAACACGGCACAGUUUGCGAUCGGGAAGUGCGUUCUCGCGCAUCAGCUGUACGAUCUGGGGUUCCUGAAGGAACGCAAACUGGAGUUCGAGUCGGAUUGUAUAACGAUGCUUGAGAACCUGUACGAAGAUCACGGUGAUACGUUGGCGCUUCAGUACGGUGGGUCGCAGCUGGUGCAUCGGAUAAAAACUUACCGCAAGACGGCGGUAUGGGCGUCGCAGGGCAACGAUAUCAUGCAAACGCUCAGCCGAUACUACAGCAACACGUUCAGCGAUACGGAAAAACAGCACAGCAUCAAUUUGUUCCUCGGCUACUACAUUCCAUCGAAGGCGGAAGUGAACAAACCGCUCCACAUCUGGGAUCUGGAGACGGAUUUCUACAUACACAACUCCCGGUUCGAUGAAAUCAGACAGAUCUCCUCCACCCCGCUAACGCAGUGGGUUAGCCCGUUCGUGAUGAACUGGCUGCCGGCCGCAGUGAGCGACGAAAAUCGGGUCGUGAAAGAGCUGAUCAAAAUCCACUCGAACGAUGCGGAAAUAAUCGACUACUAUUCCAACUUCCACUACGACUACAAGCUAACCUCGUUCGAGGAACACAUCGACUAUCAGCUGAGCCAUCUGUCACGCAAUCUGGCGCCCGCAUUCCGAUCCAACUUCAGCCCGUUCGAACCGAUCCGUCGACAGCAAAGUACGGCACUGAAAAAUCCUUCCCUGACGGGGCAAUCGUCUACGAGUUCGGCGAACAGCUCUUCGUCGGAUCGGUCGGACGAGGAAUCGGAAUCGGACGAGGAGGAUAAAAGCAACCGUAAUGCUGCGGCACCGACGAGCAGCAGCAACAAUAGCAGCCGGGCAGAGGAUCCCGUCACGCUCAGUUCCAUGUUUCCGAUGACGAACGACAUAUACGGGUUCGAGAUACGGUUGCCGAAAAAGGCGGACAUGCUAAAGUACGAAAAGUAUGCUGAAAUCAAUCGCAUCUCCAGCUCAUCCGGCGGACCGAUCAGACCGUCCUCUCCCCACCAACACAACCGUCACGCGCAGAUGAACGAGAGUGGAGGCCUCUCGAUACACAACAACGAAAUUAUCGUCGGGAACGGUGCGACCGAGAAGGACAUCCAGAACGAUAUGCCGAUACCGACGGUCAGCGAGGAAAGUGUAGCGAUCUACGAACGGUACUGUGCGCUGAAGCACACCAUCAUGCACGACUUUCACUGCGAUCCAAAGAUACUCGAGUACGUCAGUAUGUUCGCGUAAGGCGGUGCGCGAGCAAAUAAACGCAAACAAGCGCGCGGGCAAGCUAGAUGUCACCAACAACUUUA